CUCACACCCCUAUAAACAUAACAGAGCAAAGAAAUAGAAGAAGCGGCCAUGGAUUGCGGCUUCUCUCCUCCUCUCUAUCUCCCGAUCUCAUCCUUCCUCCUCCUCUCCUUCCUCCUCUUCUACCUCAACCAAGUCUUUUCCACUCUCAACACCUUCCUCAUCCCCGCCGCCGGAUUAGCUGCCGUUUCCUCCCUGUUCGCCUUCUUCCGCCUCCUCAAGCUCAGACCCUCCCGCAGAGUCCUCCCUGUCGUAUGGUCCAUCGGAAACGAUGCCUCUGGGAGUGAUUCAAAUAGAGGGGUUUCAGGAUCCGGGACGAGGAUCGCGCGCGAAGACGUGGUGUUCUACGGCAACGGGGACGUGUACGAGGGGGAGUUGCGGAAGGGUAGGUGCUCCGGGAGCGGGGUGUAUAAAUUCUACGGAAAAGGGAUCUAUGAAGGGGAUUGGGUCGAUGGGAGGUAUGAGGGAUACGGGAUCGAGAGCUGGGCCAGGGGCAGCCGGUACCGUGGGCAGUAUCGCCAGGGAUUGCGUCAUGGAUUCGGGGCCUACAGGUUCUAUAGCGGCGAUUGCUACGCCGGUGAGUGGGUCGGAGGGCAGAGCCAUGGCAAUGGCGUGCAAAGUUGCUCCGACGGCAGCUACUACGCUGGGGAGUUCAAGUGCGGGGUCAAGCACGGCUUUGGUCGUUAUUGCUUCAGGAAUGGUGAUACCUAUAGCGGUGAGUACUUUGGAGACAAGAUCAAUGGCUUUGGGGUGUAUAAAUUUGCUAAUAGUCAUUGCUAUGAGGGUUCAUGGCAUGAAGGACGAAGACAGGGCUUUGGGACAUAUACGUUCCGGCAUGGUGAAAAAAGAUCCGGCGAGUGGGACAAUGGCAUUUUGAAGUGUAGCCUUGUUCCAUCAGACCCUGCAAUUGAACGAUCCGUCGAGGCUGCAAGAAAGGCUGCAGAAAAUGCUACCCUUCUCCCACAGGUGGAGGACCAAGUUAGAAAGACAGUAUCUGCUGCAAAUAAAGCAGCCACAGCUGCUAGAGUUGCUGCAAUUAGAGCUAUUCAAAACCAUAAGAAAGGAAAGUUUUGCGACAUAUAAAUGCUAGAUUAAACCUCAUAAGUGAGCCAACCUAUUCAUGGUAGGUUAAUACCUGCCUUGCUGCCUGAAAGGAUUAGGAGGAUGAAUAUGAAGGAUAUUCAAGAAACUGACAGUGAUGCCAGAAAUCCUUAUUAAAAUUUGCCCAAGAUCCCAUGACUAUGACAUGUAGACUUGCUCACAUGUAGUUGUUAGCAGGCAAACACCCGCCUGAUCCGAGUUGGAGAAUGUGUGUGAGAGAAACUUAAGAUUCUGACUGACAACAAAUGUCCAGAAUCUUUUUUAUAUACAACCAGUUUCUGUAAAUGUUGAUAAGCCCACAGGCAGACUAUUUGAAUAGUAUUUUGUUUUCAGAUCUGCCCCUGUUCUUCAUGUUCUCUUGUUUUCACCACUUCCACCAUUUUCUGCGGCAUGUGUGGAAAACAGACAUUUUUUGUGUUAUAAUAAUAUUGAUAAACUAUUCUCCAGUGUAA